AUGAAUAAAGAGCUCAGGCGCAUUUUAUCUGGGGUACCUAUAGUAGACCAAGAAGGAAGCAUUAAUCAUAGAUACUUCGCAGAUUUUCCAGGAGCUUAUUGGUCACAAGAUGAUGAAAAUCAGCUAUUAAAAGGAAUUGAAGAUUUCGGUGUAGGAGAAUAUGAAGAAAUUGCCGAGAAAUACAUGCCAAAUAAAUCACCAAUUGAAUUAAAAUUAAGAACUUGCAUUUUGCUUGGAGCUUACAACUUAGAUGAAUGGAACGGAUUGAAAGAUCCCAAAAGAAUUGGCGCAAUUAAGAAAGCAAACGAAAAGAUGGGCAAAAAAAGCGGGAAAUGGCAAUAUGGGAUCUAUAUCAAUAAUUAA